CCAGAGGGGGGUCUUGGCUUGAUCGAUAUAAGCAAUGGCAGACCCAGAGCUUGUGGGUAUCGCGGUGGACUGUCCAUCUUACCCCAUAGAGAUCUAGCGUUUCUGAGUUUUGCCAGAAAUUCCGCGCAGCUUCCUCUGUGGGUUCCAGCCCUGCAGCACCCAUCCACUAUGGGCCCCUACGGGAUGGGUUUCCCAGCAGAUGGGGACGACAACAACGGGUGGAAGCUUUACAUACUGUCGCUGAUCACGAUAAUAUCGGCGGGUGUGUUUGUCGUAUUGCGACUAUGGACGCGAAUAGCGUCGUCGCAGACCGGCUGGGAUGACGCUGCGGUGGUGGCAUCGUGGAUCAUGUCCCUCCUCGUCUCCGUCUUCAUGCAAUUGGCCAUCGAAAACGGCUAUGGCAAGCACAAGGCCGACCUGCCGACGGCGCACGUCCGCAGCGCCCUGAAGCUCUUCUUCCUCGCCCAGACGCCAUACAAGAUCAGCGUGUGCUUCAACAAGGUCGCCGCCAUCCUGCUGUACCUGCGCAUCUUUGUGUCGUCGCGCUUCCGGCUGGCCGCCUUCUCCGUCAUGGCCGUCAUCGUGGCCUGGAGCAUCGGCGGCGUGGCCGCCACCAUUUGGCAGUGCGUCCCCGUCGCCGGCGCCUGGGACAAGUCGGUCAAGGCGCGAUGCAUCGAUUCCGACAAGUUUUGGGUCGCCUACGCCGUCAUGAACAUCCUGACCGACGUCAUGGUCCUGGCCCUCCCCAUCCCGUCCAUCCUUGGCCUUCAGCACCUCAGCCGCCGUGACAAGCUGAUGCUGUGCUGUGUGUUUUUGCUGGGUGGAUUCGUCACCGUGACCUCCAUUCUGCGGACGACUUCGGUCCAAAACUCACUCAAGAACAAGGAGGACAACACUUUCAACUUCAUCGACCGCGGCAUGUGGACGCUCCUCGAGAUCAAUCUCGGAAUCAUCAGCGCUUGUCUCCUCGUCAUGAAGCAGCCGCUGGCGCGCUUCUGGCCGAGUUUCUUUCGCUCGCGUGGUCGAAGCGCCCCGGUGGAGAUGUUGCCGAGCAGCGAGAACCUGACUCUGGCGAGGGUCGAGGGUGUGGAAGUAACCCCGUCGAGCUCACAUCAGCGUGGCUGGCGAGAUCAUCCACGAUGACUAGGACAGGAUGCAUGAAUUUCAAGACUUGUUCCAA